GGAUUACCAGAGGGACGCGUUCACACACGCGGAAGUUCUUUCUGUAACUUGCAGCCUUGUGUUUUCUGAGCACAUCAUGAGAAAUAUCAUGUUCAGCUUCACUAAACUUAUGAUUAAGAUGUUUUAAUAUCUAAAGGGCAUCAUGAGCGGCACGUGCAGGGAGGUGGUCACACUCCAGCUGGGACAUUAUUCCAACUUUGUCGGGACGCACUGGUGGAAUUUACAGGAUGCGGGUCUGGUUUAUGAUGCAGUGGUGCCGGAGGGUGAGCUGCAGAGUGACGUGAUGUUCAGAGAGGGUCAGACAUUGGGGGGUCACGUGACAUACACCCCCCGACUCAUCGCUAUGGACCUCAAAGGAAGUCUUCAGACGCUGAGGAAGCAGGGCAGUCUGUAUGACACAGAGAAUGAAAACACCACCUUUACAUGGCAAGGACAGAUUAUGACCCAUAAAGAAAGUCCUCCCACCAAAAACCCUUUCCUACAGGAUCUCGACAUUCUAGAUACGGGAGGUUUACUAGCAGAUCCAGGUUUCACGGGUCGUUCUUCUGCGGUGGGUCACAGCUCAGUGACCAGCGCAGGAGCGAGCGUUGCCUUGGAGACGGUGAACAGCAGUCUGGAGCGGAUACAGAAAUCCUAUAGGCUGGAGGGAAGCGUGAGGGUGUGGUCAGAUUUCCUGAGGAUCCAUCUACAUCCUCAAACCAUCUCCGUCAUUAACCAGUACAACCAUGACGGUGAGUCUGAGCGUCUGGAAGCGUUUGGCCAGGGGGAGGCGCUCUUACAGGGUCCAGUGCUGGAGGAUCUGGAGGAUCGGCUGCACUUCUUCGUGGAGGAGUGUGACUAUCUGCAGGGUUUUCAGGUGUUGUGCGACCUUGCUGACGGUUUUUCAGGCUUGGGAUCAAAGGUCACAGAGCUGUUGCAGGACUCUUACGGAGGUCGUGGCAUCCUCACUUGGGGCGUGGCACCCGUCAAUCACCCAGACUCGAGCCCUAUAAAGGACUUGUACCACAUGAUGAACUGUGCGUUAGGAACGCUCCAUAUGGCCAAUCACAGCUCGUUCUUCUGCCCUUUGACCCUGAGAGGUGGACUGGGCAGACGUCCUCAUUCGCCCACAUAUUUCCCGCUGAUCAAUUAUGAUCCCACACUGUGGUUUCACUCCAGCUCAGUUCUGGCUCUGGCUCUGGACAGCAUGACGGUGUCGUACAGACUGGGACAGGUCAGCACUCCCAUGUGGCAGCUCUCUGACGCUCUGACCGACUCGGGAAGAAAGGUGGUUUCAGCUUAUGGCUCUGUUCCGUUUCCCAUGAUGCACGGCAGCUGUCUCCCUGAGGCUCUGGAUGCUUUUGCUGAUGCGUUACCGUGGAAACCCCUGUCAGCGUGUCCUGAGCUUGGCGAUGGACGCUGUUUCGGCCAAUCAGUGACUCUGAAAGGUUUCGGCGGGCAGAGUUUAGUCAGUCCUCCUCUCCCGGGCGUGGAGCCGCCCAGUCCUCUGCACUACGAGCGCUCUGGAGAAGACGUGCUGGCGACGUACGUCAGGUUACGUUACCCAUCAUCCCCACUGGCGGUGCAGCUGCUGUCCAGCCCCAGUAAACUCACCCCUCCGUUCCCACAGAUCUUCAGUCCGGCUCUGGGUCCGCAGGGGUUCCUCCAGAGCCAGUCCACUCCUCCUGACACUCCCUCUCAGUCGGUCAGUAGUCUUCCAGUCCUGACGUCUCUCCAGUCCAGUCCUGCUGUGGGUCUCCAGCUGUCCGAGCUGCAGAAAGCGUGUGCUGCGCUGGACCUGCGUCGUGUGACCCCCAGCUUCCUCUCUCACGGGCCCGAACUGGGCGAGCUCACCGAAUCCCUGGAGCAGCUCCUCAACCUCGCGCACUGCUACCGCCUGGACCAUUCCCGUUCUUCAUCGGAUGAUGAUGACUAAUGAAAGCUCGUCCAUCCUCCCUCUGUAGAGUCGGGUCAGAGACCCAAUCAGCCCCGAUUAUCAGUCAUGUGCGAAUGGACUGUCGCUCAGCUGCGUUCACGGCAUGUUCCCUCGGGGAAUUAUGGGAUAUGAGCUCACUAACCCUUCAAAACAGCACAAACACUUAGAAGAAAGACUGUGAGAAGUGCAUGUCUCUGUAUAUGUAAAUCUCAUCGAACCUGCUUUUCUAGAGCUUAACUGUCUAGAAGUAAAAUAUUUUUCCUUCAUAUAAAUUAUUGCUUAAUUAUCAAAUAUCCCUGUUAUACCCUUAAUAACCGUUAACCAAGAAAGUUAACGGUUAUUAUUCAGAAUGGACAUGCACCUUCAUCGAACACUUGUUUAAUUGACUGUUGACUGUUUUUGCUGUGAUCUGAUUAUGAAGGAAAUAUACACUUACAAAAUUAAGACAUGAGACUUUUUUUUUCUCCAUUUGAUUUGUCAAACGUCACAUGAACAAACAGGAAAACAGGUCUCAUCGCUUCCGCUUGUCGGAGAAAGUGUUAACAGCAGUAUGAAUUGAUGCAGAUAUCCACGGACUUUUGAGGUAAUCAGCUAACCUAGCUAGCUAUUUUUAUCGUUGCUGUUUUAUAUAUCCGAAUGUAAGUAAGAAAAAUAAAAACAUUUAGAUAUCAAUAUACAUAUGUGAUGGACAUCGGUUUUGCUCAUCUUUGAAGGCAUCUUUAGUAAAGCAGAUUUAUAUUUAACGAAGCACAUGCUAAAGACCCGAACCGGAAGCGAUGCAACCUGUUUUACAGAAUACGGAAGUUUUGUUGCCCAGAGCGCAUUCACAAACUGAAUUGGUAUUAACGUUGCUAAAAGGAACUGAUUUCUCGAAAUAGGCCUAUCUUAUUUCGCUUUCUCACAGACAGCGCUGUUUGAAAAUGAGAUCUUUCGCCAUAGAAAGGUCAAGGAGCGUAAACACGAUAAAUUGGCGUUGCGUGAAUUUGGCGGGAGUUCAGGUGGGUUUUUUAUGUAUAUUUAUCCUUUGUUUGACACGUUGUCCUUCGCUUUGUUUCGUAUAAAUACAAAAAUAUUUAUUACCAUUUAUAAACAAAGAUUAAAUCCACUAUCGGAAGGUUUCGCCCUUAACAUAUUAACACAGAAAUGUUUAAAUAUCAUUUUCAUACGGACCUUUAGUCUAUUGUCUUAUGUCCCACGUUAUUGACACGACAGGAGAUUAUAAUAAUUUUUAAUAACGAACAGUUUUUCAUGGUAGUCUGAACGUUUAUUUCUAUAUCGUAUUCACAUUUGUAUUAUGAUGUCUUCUCAUGCCAUUCUUGGAUUAUAGCAGUAAUUAUUUUUGCAGGAAGGCCAGAAUAUGUUUGCAUUUUUAAUAUUGCUCUAGGUAUAUAAAUGGAUAAAUCAUUUGUUUUCAUCGUCAUCUGUGCUGUGUUGGUUUUAAGUGUUCUCCACAAACGCCUCAGUAAACGUGCAGUACCGCUUUUAACCACACGAGGCGCAUCAAGCGAAUGAAAGUGUAAAAAUCUUCGUUUCUUCUGCGUUAUUUUCUGAAUCUGGUGUCUGAACUCGAGCAGAAGCACUUUCAUGAAUGUUUCGUUAUUAACUGAGACUAUUAACAGAGAUAAAUUAGUCUUUAUUGUGCUCUAAAUCUGUGCUCGUGUUUGAUUGGACGAUGGACUAUAAGCUCGUGUUUGAUUGGACGAUGGUAAACUCGAGGUAACGGUUGAAGAAGAAUCCGCAUGAUUUGAGGAGGUUUUCAGCUUCAUACUUGUGAGAAUCUCAGAGUUUCUCUCAGUCUCUGAGCGGGACAUUAUUUCUCGAGUGUGUGUUUGUAGUUUGAAGGGUUUCUCGUGAUCUCAGACCGCGUGACCGUCAUCGAGAUGUGUAGCGGGCUGAGUGACUCCUUUAGCGCGGAACAUUUCUCGGUAUCGCUUCUCGGCCUUUUGGCUAAGAUCAAGUGUAGUAUCUGUUCUUAUCAGUUUAAUAUCUGAUACGUCCCCUACCCGGGGACCAUAUAUUAAAUUGAUUUUUGGAUCAGGGAGAUGGAAUAGGGGCUUGCUCCGUCCACUCCACGCAUCGACCUGGUAUUGCAGUACUUCCAGGAACGGUGCACC